AUGGAUGCGAGAGAUAAAGAAGAAGAAGAGAAAGAAGAAGAACCGGUUUUGUGUUUGAGGAUUCCUGACGAGGACGAUGAUCUCGAGGCGAGUCAACAGAUGCGAAAAGAAGAAACGACUUGUAUUAAGAAAGGAACGAAGAGGAAGAGAACGCAACAUGAGUGCGAUGUUUGCGAGAUGACUUGUCGUGAUUCCUAUGAUUUGAAAGUCCACAUGCGUAUUCACACGAAAGAGAAACCGUACGAAUGCGAUGUGUGCGAGAAGCGUUUUAGUCGAUCUGGUAAUUUGAAAAGCCACAAGCGUAUUCACACGAACGAGAAACCGUAUGAAUGCGAUGUGUGCGAUAAAGCUUUUCGUACAUCUGGUGGUUUGACACAGCACAAGCGUAUUCACACGAAGGAGAAACCGUACGAGUGUGAUGUGUGCGAGAUGCGUUUUCGUCAUUCUUGUAGUUUGCAAACGCACAUGCGUAUUCACACGAACGAGAAACCGUUUGAAUGCCACGUGUGCGAGAAGAGAUAUCGUCAAUUGAGUGGUUUAAAGUACCACAUGCGUACUCAACAUUAG